CGGGAGGCCUGGAUGACUCGGUUCUUUGAUUCUCGAAAUAGGGUCCUUAAUGUUUUGCCAAGCUUUGGGCUCGUGUUAUAAAACACAGAACCGUUGUUUUGUUUUGUUUUGUUUUUUAAUUGUAUUCCCGAGAGACAGGCGGAGACACAGGCAGAGGGAGAAGUAGGCUCCCCUGCGGGGCACCCGAUGCGGGGCCCGAUAUCAGGACCCCGCGGCGGCGGCGGCGGCGGCGGCGGCGGCCUGAGCCACCAGGCGCGCAGGCGCAGAAGCGGCGCUGGGCGUGGACUGAGUGACUGAAGUAAAGGUGGCAGGAAGGCAGGCUUCAAAGGGACUUACUUGCCUGGUGCCUGCUGCCCUCUGCACUUGUGGAUUUUGCCCACUUGAGGGUCUUUUUGGAGUUCCUGAGCUCAGUGCCCCAGAAGGAUUUCAGAUUGCACAAGAAAAUGCCCUGAGAAAGGCAGACUUGCUGGUGGAGCGCGUGUGUUCCAUGCCGCCUGGGCCCCAGACCGUGCUCAUUUUCGACGAGCUCUCUGAUUCCUUGUGCAGAGUGGCUGACUUGGCCGAUUUUGUGAAAAUUGCUCACCCUGAGCCCGCAUUCAGAGAGGCGGCGGAAGAAGCUUGUAGAAGUAUUGGCACCAUGGUAGAAAAGUUGAACACAAAUGUGGAAUUAUAUCAGAGUUUGCAAAAAUUGCUAGCUGAUAAAAAACUUGUGGAGUCCCUCGAUCCAGAAACCAGGCGAGUGGCUGAACUGUUUAUGUUUGAUUUUGAAAUCAGUGGAAUCCAUCUAGACAAAGAAAAGCGUAAAAGAGCAGUGGACCUGAAUGUUAAAAUCUUGGAUUUGAGUAAUACAUUUCUCGUGGGAACUAACUUUCCCAACAAGGUUGAGAAGCAUCUCUUACCAGAACACAUUCAUCGUAACUUUGUAGUCACUGGAAAUCAUGUCAUGAUUGAUGGUCUACAUGCAGAAGCUCCAGAUGACCUGGUUCGAGAAGCCGCUUACAAAAUUUUUCUUUAUCCCAAUGCCGGUCAGUUGAAAUGUUUGGAAGAGUUGCUCAGCCACAGAGACCUUCUGGCCAAGUUAGUGGGAUAUUCCACAUAUUCCCACAGAGCCCUCCAAGGAACUAUAGCCAAAAAUCCAGAGACUGUCAUGCAGUUCCUUGAGAAGCUAUCAGACAGACUUUCUGAAAGAACUAUAAAAGACUUUGAGAUGAUACGAAGGAUGAAAAUGAAACUAAAUCCUCAAAAUUCUGAAUUAAUGCCUUGGGAUCCCCCUUACUACAGUGGUGUGAUUCGUGCAGAAAGGUAUAAUAUUGAACCCAGUUUAUAUUGCCCAUUUUUCUCUCUUGGAGCAUGCAUGGAAGGCCUAAAUAUUUUGUUUACCAAACUACUAGGAAUUACGUUAUAUGCAGAGCAACCUGCAAAAGGAGAGGUAUGGUGUGAAGAUGUUCGCAAACUGGCUGUGGUUCAUGAAUCUGAAGGAUUGUUGGGGUACAUUUACUGUGAUUUCUUUCAGCGAGCAGACAAACCACAUCAGGAUUGCCAUUUUACAAUCCGUGGAGGCAGAUUAAAGGAAGAUGGAGACUAUCAGCUCCCAGUCGUAGUUCUUAUGCUGAAUCUUCCCCAUUCCUCAAGGAAUUCACCAACUUUAUUAACUCCUGGAAUGAUGGAAAAUCUUUUCCACGAAAUGGGACAUGCCAUGCAUUCUAUGCUGGGACGAACUCGUUACCAACACGUCACUGGGACCAGGUGCCCUACUGACUUUGCUGAGGUUCCGUCUAUUCUGAUGGAGUACUUUGCAAAUGACUAUCGGGUGGUUACCCAAUUUGCCAGACACUACCAGACCGGGCAGUCACUGCCCAAAAGUAUGGUGUCUCGGCUUUGUGAAUCCAAAAAGGUGUGCGCUGCAGCUGAUAUGCAACUUCAGGUCUUUUACGCCACUCUGGAUCAAAUCUACCAUGGGAAACACCCCUUGAGGACAUCAACCACAGACAUUCUCAGGGAAACACAGGAGAAAUUUUAUGGCUUACCAUACGUUCCAAAUACUGCCUGGCAGCUUCGAUUCAGCCAUCUUGUGGGCUAUGGUGCCAAGUACUACUCUUACCUGAUGUCCAGGGCAGUAGCUUCCAUGGUGUGGAAAGAGUGUUUUCAACAAGAUCCUUUUAACAGGGCAGCAGGGGAGCGUUAUCGCAGGGAGAUGCUGGCACACGGCGGGGGCAAGGAGCCCAUGCUUAUGGUGCAAGGUAUGCUUCAGAAGUGUCCUUCUAUGGAUGACUUUGUAAGUGCCCUUGUUUCCGACUUGGAUCCAGAUUUCGAAACUUUCCUCAUGGAUUCUGAAUGAUAGAAGCACCUUGGAUCUUUUAAAUCAAGAUCGUGUAGAUACGAACUUGGUUGUAAAUGCUACAGCUGUGAACACUCAUUUCUGAUUUCAGUAUUCUAAUUUCUGAAAAACCUUAUACCGAUGGAACUUGGAAUAAAUAAUUUGUUUUAAUUA